CAAACCGGAGCCUGUCAGAAGGAAGCGAGCGGAGUUUCUCCGGUGAAGUGCCCAUCCCCAGCACAGAUGGAGGUGUGCCAGUCUGCGGUGGAGAACCCCCCUGUGCAGGACUCUGAGCAGGCGGAGGUCCAGACGGCGAUGCUGUGGAGCAUCCAGGAGGCGGUGCAGAGGCAGACGCUGCAGAUCGGGGUGUCUGCGUGCGGAGCGACCGCUGUGGUGGACGUCCUGCAGGCGCUUGGCAUCUCCGUGAGCCCAGAGACGGUCAACCACUGCGUCAGGACCAGUCUGAGGAGGAAUGAGGCGCCUCUGCAUGAUUAUCUGCACUCGCGGAGCACGGCUGGAGCAACGCACCAGCAGCUGAUAUGCGGAGCGGAUCAGGCCAGCGGCGGACGUGUCAUUGGUCGAUUCUUUGCUCUGCAUCCUCGCCGGCGAGUAAAGCUGGUACCAUGGUUAGCGCGCUGGAUUCUGCGCGGAGCCGUUCCCGUCGCCACUAUGAACAUGCAGAGAGCUGUUCCUGAAGGAGAGGAGAUACCCGACGCCUGGCAUCACCAGCUUAUCUUCGGAGUUGGACCAAGUGCUGUCUUCAUGACCAACCCUCUCGACGUAGUGAGUGAAGAGGAGGUUCAUGAGCGUCUGUGCAGUGAGUCUGUGCUGCUCAUACGACGGGAGGAUAUUCUGAAGAGACUCACGCCUGACGUUCAGCUGCCACAGAUCUCACAGCAGCAUCCGGACUCGCGCUGGAAAACACUUGACGUGGAGGGUCAGGUCCACCAGAUGAUCAGUGAGGAAGCGCAGGCUGAUGAUGUCCGUCAGAAAACUCCUCAUCUGCUGAUUCCAGCGGCGUACAGCUCCGGCGUCACUUUCUUUGCUCUCAGAGACUCUGCUGUGGGUCAGGAGCUGCUCAGCACUCCAGAUCUGCCUCCCCUGUGAACAUCACACCCUCCAUCCACUGACUGCUGACUCUGGAUCAGUGCUCCUCUGCUUUUAUUCUCUGGAUUUUACAUAGAUGUCGUCGUCAUCCUGCUCCGUUUUCAUGCUAACAGUGUUCUGUUUAUUUUGAGAGAGGUUGAGGAUUUGGGUUUAUCCAGUAAAUGUAGUGAUGUGCAAAGACUGAAUUGCAUCCAAAAUUAAAGUUUGUAUUUACAUAUAC